AUGAAAUGUAAUCAGGCUGGUCACCGGUUGGUUUUGGUGUUAGGUGACCUGCACAUUCCCCACCGAUGCAACACGCUGCCAGCUAAGUUCAAGAAGCUGUUGGUACCGGGGAAGAUCCAGCACAUCCUCUGCACGGGAAACCUUUGCACCAAGGAGAGUUAUGAUUACCUGAAAACUCUUGCCGGCGAUGUCCACAUAGUACGGGGAGACUUUGAUGAGAACCUGAACUACCCAGAGCAGAAGGUGGUCACAGUGGGCCAGUUCAAAAUUGGUCUGAUCCACGGCCACCAGGUCAUCCCUUGGGGCGACAUGGCCAGCCUGGCGCUGCUCCAGAGACAGCUGGAUGUUGACAUCCUCAUCUCGGGACACACGCACAAGUUUGAGGCUUUCGAGAACGAAAACAAGUUUUACAUCAACCCCGGCUCUGCUACCGGGGCCUACAACGCACUGGAAAGAAACAUUAUCCCUUCUUUUGUACUAAUGGACAUCCAAGCAUCCACAGUGGUGACAUAUGUAUAUCAGCUGAUCGGAGACGAUGUCAAGGUGGAGAGAAUCGAAUAUAAGAAAUCCUAAAGGAGGUGUACGGAGGAGGAAUGUCAGAAGAGGAGCUCUGUGUAUCGUUUCAUUCCUGUCCAACAGGGGGCAGCACCUCCCUCAGUUCACCACAGUGUUAAUGCUGUAGCAAACUGUGUAUUAUAUUGUUUAUAUGUCAUCUGCAUUAACUUUUAUGCGAGCUACCAAUAGAGAAUACAACCAUGUCAUGUAUUGCUAUAAAAAAAAAAAGUAAUGUUUUUGUUUGAAAUUUUGCUUUUCACAAUUAUUAAAUCCUGUACAUGUGGCCAACAAGCCUGUAGGUUUUUGUGGUAUGCCUUAUUCAUUCACUUCCACAAUAAAAUUGGAACUU